AUGGCUCGAACAAAAUACGAGUCACUGGAGGACCACAGCGACGAUGACCUUUCUCCGAUAAGAUCACACGAAGAAACCGAACCUUUACACCACAAAACCCACCCUAAACCACGACACGAUGACACGGACACGCCCCUUCCUAGCGACGACGACGAAUUCUCGGAGGAUGACGCCAAUCUAAAGCUCUUGCCGAUGGGCACCAAAGACGGCUUGAAGUUCAAUGGUGCUCGACGGAUUCAAAGAACAGAUACCCCGUCUUCAAGUGAUGGGAGUGCUCUGCCUAUGGACAAUGACGAUCCUCACAUUGUCGGCGACCGUAUCGAGCAACUUUUGCAUCAGGAUCAGAAGGAAAGGAGGCUACUUGCGGAGUCAUUCAAUCUCGAUCUCGAAGAUGCGGAAUCUACCCAUAUUUUGAGCGAGGCAGACAGCGACGAUUAUGGUUUUCUGACGGACAAGCGUCCCUACGCUGACAAAAACAAAAGCCCCGACUUCAAAUCAAGAAUCCACGCUGUUGUUCGACAACGACCUUGGUGGCAGAUAGUAAUCUUGCUUGUGGUGGGAGUACUGUUGAUGUGGUUGGCAGCCAGUGGUUUGAGACGUUCACUCGGCAGCGGUGAAGCUUUACCUGAAUUUUCCCCGGUCCCCUGGUAUCCCACGCCCCUCGGUGGCACGGGCGCGAAGUGGGAGGAGAGUUAUAAAAAGGCGCAUGCGUUGGUCCAGCGGAUGAGCCUCGUGGAGAAGGUGAAUGUCACCACAGGAACUGGCUGGAUGAUGGGGUUGUGUGUUGGAAAUACCGGGCCUGCUGCGUACGUGAACUUUCCAUCCCUCUGUCUACAGGAUGGACCCCUGGGUCUCCGCUUUGCCGAUAAUAUUACAGCCUUCCCGGCUGGUAUUACUACUGGCGCGACAUGGAACCGUGAACUUAUGCGCGCCCGGGGUCUUGCACUUGGCCGUGAAGCUCGACUUAAGGGCGUGAACGUCAUUCUUGGACCUUCGAUGGGUGCUUUAGGAAUGAUGCCCGCCGGAGGCCGUAACUGGGAGUCUUUUGGAUCGGAUCCCGUUCUACAGGCCGUAGCUGCAGCUGAGACUAUUCAGGGAAUCCAGCGUAACGGUGUUAUGGCGACAGCUAAACAUUUCGUUCUCAACGAGCAGGAGCAUUUCCGUCAGCCCUUCGAAUGGGGAAUUCCAACGGCACUCUCUUCUAAUAUUGAUGAUCGUGCAUUGCAUGAGGUCUUCGUUUGGCCGUUUGCCGAAAGUGUUCGAGCGGAUGUGGCGAGUGUGAUGUGCUCGUAUCAAAUGGUUAAUAAUAGCCAUGCUUGUGAAAACUCGAAACUGCUCAAUGGUAUUUUGAAAGAUGAAUUGGGUUUCCAAGGAUUUGUGCAAUCAGAUUGGCUUGCUCAACGAUCAGGCGUACAGAGUGCUCUGAGUGGUCUUGACAUGAGCAUGCCUGGAGAUGGCUUGCGUUGGACAGACGGAGAUGCACUCUGGGGACCUCAUCUGACCCGGGCGGCAUUAAAUACAUCGGUUCCUAUGGAUCGAUUGAAUGAUAUGGUUUCGCGUAUCGUUGCUGCAUAUUAUCACUUCCGUCAGGAUUUGUGGACAGAAACACUACCAGAUGGCAAGAUUGGACCUAAUUUCUCGUCCUGGACACAUGAUAGGAAUGGCAGUCUUCAUCCUGGUAGCCCAGAUGACCAUACCAAUGAGGUUGUCAACCACUACGUCAAUGCUCAAGGCAAAGGGCCUCAGUCUCAUGGUAAUGUGGCUCAGAGGGUGGCAGCCGAGGGAACUGUUUUACUGAAAAAUGUCGAAAACACACUUCCACUUUUGCGUGCCGUCUCAGGCUCCGAUGGGAAGUACCGCGUUGGUGUAUAUGGUGAGGAUGCUGGUCCUGGUCAAGGGCCCAACGCCUGUGCCGAUCGCGGCUGCAAUCAAGGUACCUUGGCUUCAGGCUGGGGUAGUGGGGCCGUGGAAUUUCCAUACCUUGUCAACCCGUGGGAAGCACUUCAAUCUGCUUGGCCAUCGGAAAAUGCCGAAGUGAAGGGAUUUCUGAAUAAUAAUGUGGCAGUCCAGGAUUUGGUUGAACAGGACCUCUGCCUUGUUUUUGCCAACGCCGACGGUGGUGAAGGCUUCAUUAAGAAAGACGGCAUCGAUGGUGAUCGUAAUGACCUUUUCCUGCAACGCAAUGGCUCCAGUCUGAUUGAAGGAGUUGCUCAACAUUGCGGUGGUGGCCACGGCAAAACUGUCGUAAUAGUACACUCGAUUGGUCCAGUGAUUCUCGAUCCCUGGAUUGACUUACCUGGCGUGCAUGCAGUUCUGUACGCCAACCUUCCAGGCGAAGAAAGCGGAAAUGCUUUGGUCGAUGUGCUCUUCGGUGAUGUUGACGCUAGUGGGCGACUGCCAUACACGAUCGGACGCUCGCUGGAAGACUACGGACCGGGUGCCCAAAUCCUGUACAAGUCCGAUGACCCCGUCCCGCAAGUAAACCUCAACCAAGGCCUUUACGUCGACUACCGCUACUUUGACAAAUACAACGUCACCCCACACUUUGAAUUCGGCUUCGGACUUUCCUAUACAACCUUCGAGUACGUAUCAAUUAACCUCGAGCCGUUACAAGAAAAGUCACGACUUCCCGCAAACCGACCGAAGAACCAGAUCGACCCUCCAACAUAUGACGAUACACCCGAAAGUCCUACAUCAGCACUCUUCCCUCCAGAAUUCAAAGCCCUCGGUAAAUACAUUUACCCCUACCUCAGUUCCAGAGAUGGAAUCAAGCCUGGAUCCUACCCCUAUCCGAAAGGAUACAACAAAAAGCAGCGCCCAUCCGCUGCCGGCGGCGGGCCAGGUGGAAACCCCUUCCUCUACGAACCGAUGCUCCAGCUCUCGGUAGAACUCAAAAACACCGGCUCCAGAGCAGGCAAAGAAGUCGUACAAAUCUACGUCUCUUUUCCCGAUGACGUAUCUGAACGUUCGGGAUUGAUGGGUCGGACAUCCGAGUCCAUCGACUUUCCUGUACGGGUUCUCCGAAACUUUGAAAAGGUGUCGUUGGAGCCGGGAGAAACAAAAGUUGUUACUAUGGCUUUGAGCCGGAAAGAUUUGAGUUAUUGGAGUGUCCGAGCUCAGAACUGGAUUCUUCCCACGGAAAAUUCGUUCCGUAUUUGGGCUGGGAGAAGUUCACGGGAUCUGCCGUUGAUGGCUGAAUAUUAG